CUCCGUGACACGAUCCUGACAUCCUUGAGGUCGAGCAGAUCGUCGACACCGAGACCGGCCUCGACCUCACCACCGACAACGUCGAGGUCAGCUCCCUUCUCGCUCGGAUGCAAGCCUGCAGAUUAAAGACGUGCUCAAGAAAUUUGCCAUUAUGAAAGACCACGGGUGCGGCUUCGACGAAUUGGAGGCUUAUGAGAGUGAUUCGCCGUUAUGAAAAACCAGGGGAAAGCCCACACUCUGAAAUGGACACGAAUACUCCAUUACACGGUUCGAACCAGGAUUAGUGUGAUACCGGCAUCGUCCCCAGCGCCGUGAGUUCUCCAUCGCCGUCGAGUUGUCCCUUCUCUCCUCUCGCAGACAUCUCUCUCUCGCACCAGAGAUCUCCCUCUCGCACCAGAGAUUCUCCCCCCACGGACGUCAGACGUCAGAUCUGCACGGACGCCGGGCGCCGCUGUCUCGGACCCGAUUGAAGGGCGCCGCCCGUGAGUUUGUCAUUGUUGUUCUUCAUUCAUUCAACUUCUCUCCCCCAUUCAUCUCCUCCUUCAACCAGAUCUAGCUCGUUCUCUGUGUGCAAUGGAUCCACCAUGGAUGAUUUGGAGCUAUUCAAUGACACAGACAUUGCCAUUUCUUUCCCCUAAGGUCCCGUAAUGUCUUCACCGCCUUGUUCAAGUUCCUUACCGCUAGUUGCAUUAGGUGGAAAUACUGCUAAUAAGGACAAUGAUUGGGAAUUUUUGGUACUAUGUGAUUUUUGGGAGGAGGAAGGGAGACGUGAUGUUCCAAGUGAGAUGCAGAUGUAUUCUCAACUAGGACUGAAUGAAGAGGACAAGGCAAAGGAAAAUAAAAGAGAUGAAGCCGUUUUAGGUGGUACAAGUAAUUUGGAUCAAUCGGAGCCUAUUAAUUUUGGAGACAAUAGUAUAGACCAACCGUGUGAGGACUACCUACCAAAUGAGAAGAGGGUUAUGUAUGAUAAAAUGAAUCCGUCAAUGCAACCUGGUAGUUUGUUUCCCAACAUGAAGGAAUUUCAAAUUGCUAUGAGGCAGUAUGCCAUAAAGCAUGAGUUCGAGCUUGGAAUCGAUGUAACUUCGACUACCAGAUACGUCGGAUAUUGUAAAUGUGGUGAUUGUCAAUGGAGGAUUUAUGCACGAGAGGAAAAGAAAGGAUUACCGACCAUUGUGGUUGUUGUAUUGCAUGAUUCGCAUACUUGCACAUCUAGUGGAAGGAAGAAGACGACUACACCAAGUUGUGGAUGGGUAGCUUUUCACGCUUUACCACUACUUAUGAAGAAACCCCAGAUGGGUGCCAAGGAAUUGCAAGAUACACUUCAAGGAGUUCACAAUGUCAUUAUUGGUUAUGACACAGUUUGGAAGGGGAAGGAGAAGGCAUUAUAAUAGUUGUUUGGCAGUUGGGAUGAGGGUUUCAAGCUACUAUUCUCUUGGCGGGAGCCGGGAGGCAGUACUUGCUAAGGCGUCUGACAGCAUUGUAGAGAUUGAUGUGGUUUUAGAGGAUGGGAAGUACUAUUUCAACCAUUUCUUUUGUGCCCUAGGGCCGUGCAUCUCAGGUUUUAGGGAUGGUUGUACACCAUACCUAAGUGUUGACGCGACCGCACUUAACGGUAGAUGGAAUGGGCAGCUUGCUUCAUCAACUGGUGUGGAUGGGCAUAAUUGGAUGUAUCCUUUAGCAUUUGGGUUUUUCCAAUCUGAGACAGUAGAAAGUUGGAUUUGGUUCAUGUCAUAAUUGAAGAAGGUUGUUGGAGACCUUGGAGUACUCGCUAUUUGUUCGGACGCUCAAAAAGGCUUAAUGCAUGUAGUGACACAUUGUUUCCCUCAUGCUGAGAAGAGAGAGUGCUUCCGACAUCUAAUGGGCAACUAUGUCAAAAGCUACUCAGGUUCCAAACACAUGUAUCCAGCUGCCAGGGCAUAUAGGAGUGAAGUGUUUGAGCACCAUGUCAGCUAAGUAAGAAGUGUUCCUAAGAUAGCUGAAUAUUUGGAUCAACAUCACAAAUUCCUUUGGUACAGGAGUGGUUUCGACCCAUCUGUUAAAUGUGAUUACAUAACAAACAACAUGGUUGAGGUCUUUAACAACUAGGUGAAGGAUCACAAGGACCUACCAGUUUGUGACUUAGCUGAUAAGAUUAGAGAGAUGACCAUGGAGUUGUUUCAUAGGAGAAGAAGGAUAGGGGAAAGACUCCAGGGUUUGAUCUUGCCAUCUGUUAUGGCUACAUUGAAAGCUCAGACUAGAGGGUUGGGCCAUUUGACAAUUGUCAAAAGUGACAAUUACUUGGCAGAGGUGAGGGAUAGUACUAAUUGUUUGACAAAACAUGUGGUGAAGGCAGAGUCGAGACAAUGUUCUUGUCAAGAGUGGCAGCACACAGGGAAACCUUGUCAACAUGGAUUGGCAGUGAUUAUUGCCCAGGAUGUAAGGAAUGUUGGUAUGGAGAACUUUGUCGAUGAUUAUUAUUAUGUUGACAAGUUUAGAAAAGCUUACAUGCGAAGGAUUCCACCAAUUGGUGACCGUUCUUUUUGGCCAAAGGUGGAUUUUUCAAAUGAAGUGGCUUGUUAAGAAAAUUACUCCGAGGAAAAAAACUGAAGCGUGAUGCGCAAAGGGAGUAGUACUAAUGUUGCCAGUCGUUGUUGUCCCAGAAAAAACUGUAUUAGGGAACAAUGUUUGUGAACUAUGUUUGUAUGUGUAUUUGUGGUCCCAGAAAUUCUGUUUGUGAACAGCAAGAAUUUCUGUUUGUGAAC